UGAAUACAUGGAAGACCCCCCAAAGAGGCAGCAGGUUCUUGGUGGACAGCUCUCAUAUCCCCUCCCGGGAACACGAUGAGAAAGGUCUUUGGAAAAAUAGCUUUAUGAAGGCCAGAGGAAAUUUAUGCACCAGCAAGGCAUGUCAGAAAGCUCCUCAGGUCGAAACACAAGCAGUCAGAUUUGUGCAUCUGAUUCAUCGUAUUGCUCCAAUCUGAGUGAGUCAUACACUCGGUCAGCUCUGUCAAGGAACAGAAGGUUUCAUCCACAUUCAGAUUCUGGAAUAUCAUCCCUGCUUCCAUCAGACUCCUUUAAGUUCCUCACUUGGCACAAGGUAGAACAACAUGACAUUCAAGGAAGUCAGCUGCGUUGCCCAAGAAUAAGAGAAGGACCCUCCACAGAAGAGUUGCUCUUCAGACAGGAGGAGUGUGUCUUACCCGCUCGGAAAAGAGUCCUUGAAAAAAACAAAUGGGAAACAUGGCUACAAGAAAACUGGGAGGACUGCACGAAUUUGAACCUUUCAUUUCAGGAUUUGGGGGACCCUUAUCAAGUUGCAAAUUUUAACAGGAUUCUUAGAAGACUAAUUCGAGUCGAAACCCUCUGGUUAGUGGAUAAUUCACUGGUGGACUUAAGUGCCAUAAGACUGCCAAGAUGCAGAGUUUUAAAUAUGAACAAAAACCAUCUCACAUCUUUUAAACAAUUGCCAAAGAUACCCCAGAUACAGCAUUUAUCUUUGGCUGAAAACCAUAUUGAGUCUCUGACUGGGCUCUCCAGUUUACAGUGCACCCCACUAGAAUCCCUCAUGCUCAAGAGGAACCCUUGUGAGUUUCACCAAAAUUACCGGAAACGAGUGUUCUCCUGUUUGCCAAACUUAAAAACGCUGGAUGGAAUCCUGAAGCUACCAGAAGAUUCUUCACCACCAGAAACCAAUAUUUUUUCACAACUCUGUGUUAUAUCCUAAUGCAAUCUGUAUGGAAAGAAAUCACCAUUGUCUCUAAAAGCUGAUAAAUAUAGGAGACGCAUAACUAAAUAUUGUUGUUUACUAUGUAUAUAAUAUAUUUAUAUAUUGUUUUCUUUUAAACGGGUG